UAUAUAUAUAUAUAUACACACACACGCCUGGCAUAACGCGCGCGCUGGACGAUGCGUCGACGAGCUCCAUCCACCUCGCCGUUGGGAGGAUCCGCCGACCCGUGACCACCGCGUCACCGGCGGAAUCCCCGGGUUUUGACCCCCAGUGCGAGAUCGGCGACGGGAAUUCGCUCCAAGACGUCGAGAGGAAUUCCGUUGUCAAGCAAGGAGUGCAGGCUGUAGUUACCUGGAGGAGCUUCGCCACGGCGAAUUCGAAUUCUAAAUAGAACUGCGCAAGUUUCUCACAUUUCAUUGAGGAAAAUAUAAACGAUAUAAGAAAAGCUUAUCGCCCGAUAGACGUCGAUUUCAUCGUGCCGAAGUGGACAGAAGGGUUGGGGGCACCGGACGCGCAUCAACGUGUGGCACUGGAGAGAUUUGUCUCCUCCUGGUGUAUGUGAAUUCACUAUCGGUGAACGACGAGUGUAAAUAAUAUUUGUUGGAAAAAAAAUGUGUAAUGCCAGAGUGAUUCAAUAUAGAGACAUAGGUGGCCAAUGUAGAGCGAUCGACUAUAAUAGACUAUUGUGUAUCUUGCUUAGUUGAUGUACGGAGCGUUACCUUAGACAUUUGACUCUUUUACUGCAUAUCCUUAGUCACAUUUUGUUGGAAAAUAUCCGGUGUUCAGAAAAUUGUAAAAUUUAAUGAGGCCGAAGGUGCCUCAAAAGAGGGGAAACUUUCUUUUGAGAAGGUAUAGCGUUCUACAAUCGAUUUUGACGAACAAUGAACCAUUCGGGAAGCGGAAAACGCCAGGCGAAGGUUUUGGAAGAAAAUUAUUGGGACUGUAGUGUCUGCACUUAUAGGAAUACAGCGGAAGCAUUUAAGUGCCUCAUGUGUGACGUCCGCAAGGGAACCUCUACGCGGAAACCCCGCAUAAACCCCCAAUUGGUAGCUCAACAGGUUGCACAGCAACAAUAUGUACCACUUCUGAAACCAGGCAAGAAAGAAGGAAGUGGUGGCGGUAGCACGACCAGCGGCGUCAAAGAGAAGGAACGCAAACUGGACAAACUAAGGCGCAAAAACAGGCAUCCACCGCGUCUGAAAAAUAUCGACCGCAGUACUGCGCAAUCAAAUGAGGUAACGGUCAAUAAUGUUACCGUCACCAUCACGGAAUACAAGCCGAAGGUGAAGAAGGGCUCGGAUCAGUCGAGUAAUGCUAGUUCUGAGGGUGGGAGCCAGCACGACUCAAAUCAGGACUCGCGAAGUCUCGAUGUAGGAACCGACGCCUAGUUUAAUACUAAUGUUACAUAUGUGUGUACGAAUUAUUCUAAUUAAUAUAUUAUACGACGUAUGUAUGUCAACUUUUGUGGUCAUCCAUACAUCCUCUAGGCAAACAUGACUAUUGAUGAUGGUAAUUCCUCUCUCGAGUUUGUCUGCGUGUUGUAAAAAUAAUGAAUAUUGCAUGAUGAAUCCAACGAGGUCAGGCAUUUUCUGCUCAUCAACAGGGAUAUUAUUGACUGAGCAUGACUUGUAUAUCAUCAUUGAAAGAACAGGAAUAUAAUGUACAUUGUAUAUCACUGUUUCACUCGUUGCACAAAUUACAGACUAAUUCGCAUCGCUUCUCUAUGCGUCUCUUGCGAAAAAGAAGAAAUGUACUUAAAAGACCGCUUACUUUACGAACGUCGUUCUUUUAUUCUGUAAUAUUUAUUAAAUUUAGUUAAAAUGUCUAUCAAUGCGACAUAUUUGCGCUAGAUUUAAAUGCAAGAAAAAAA